AGCAACGUGUUUAAUUGUCCCCCUUAUGUUGUGUAUUUCAAUUUUCAUUGAAAUAGAUUCCACUCCUUAGUUUCUUCAAAACACCGCGUUUUCCCCAUUAUUUGAUCAAAACACAUCAAAACCUUAAAAGUAAAACACACUUUUUGAGUUUUUUUCUUACACCCACUCCAACCCAUGGAACAUUCCGCCGCCGCCACCACCGCCACACCAAAAAAAUCACACCUCAACUUAGACACACUCCCCAACAAAUCCUCCUCUUCUUACACUUCCCUCAAAGACAUGCUUCCUUUCACCGCCGUGAACUCCCCCUCCCCAACUCCCACCGCCGCCGCCACUGCCGCCUCAUCCUCCAGUGGCGGCGGCAGCAUAUCCAUUCGCAACCGGCUUGUGAAGCAGGCUGCUUGGGCUUACCUCCAGCCCAUGUCACCUUCACCGUGUAGCCCAUCAGGCCCAAACUUCAUCGGCCGCCUACGCCUCAGAUUCGAAUCCGUCAGCCUCCGCCACCGCCGCCGCAACGCCGUUAUUCCUUGCCUGAGCUUCGUAUCUGACAUAGUUGCUUGUUUCAACCGAGUUUUCCAAUAUAUACUUCACGCAAUCACUGGCCAAGUAUCAAUCUUUUACUUUUCUCUCUCAAAUGCAACCUCAAUAUUCAUUAAGGGGAAAAUUGAUUAUUGUUUUUAUUUUUUGGGUUAACCUGAAACAUCACUUUAAUUAGAUGAAUGCAUAAUUUAUUUUAACAUUGAGUUCUAUGUAAGUAUAUAUCCAACAAAUGAGUUGCAUGAUAUAUAAUUUUGAUUUGAGUAACGUUAUCAUAGAUGCAAUUAUUGCUUAUGCUAUAGGAUUCUAAGAAGUUUUAACAAAAAUAAUAACGAUCACAAUAAUAAGAAUUUAAUUUUGAUA